AGUUGGUUAAUGUGACUGAUUAAAUGCGGUUCGAAUUUCGUUAAGUAACUUGCGUUACGUGUUGAUGUUUUGUGUUAAGCACUAAUCGUAUUUUGUGUUUGGUGGAAAGCAAAUAAAGCGAAAAUGAUAUUCAUUUAUCUGAUAAGUGCAGUUGCUGCGAUAUUGUUUAUGAAAUUUUAUCUGUACAAGCGAAGAAUUAUGAAAUACGUUGGACAUUUGCCUGCUCCCCCAGAAAUACCAAUCGUUGGAUCUGGUCUUUAUUUUAUAGGGAAGAAUACAGUUGAGAUCAUGGAUAUGCUAUGCAUGACCACCGAAAUGUUUGAGACACCAUGCAGAUUUUGGCUUGGUCCUUUUUUGGCUGUUUUUCUGGGCAGACCAGAAGAUGUUCAAACAGUACUGCUAUCGCCGAAGUGUCUUGCCAAACCCUAUUUGUAUAGCUUUAUGGAUGACAAUAUCGGAUUAUUUACAGCACCAUUACAUAUAUGGAAACCCCAGCGGAAGCUUUUGAAUCCAACGUUUAAUAAUAAAAUUUUGCUGUCUUUCAUUCCCAUUUUCAAUGAUAAAGCUCGAAUUUUAGCGGAAGUGUUAGGCAAAAAGGUGGGCGAGGAAGCAUUCGAUAUCAGCAAACAAUUUUAUGCUUGCACUUUGGAAACGGUUUGUUCAACAACUAUCGGUGUCGAUUUGGAUUUUCAAAGCAAUAAAAAUGUGAAAAUGUUGGAAACAAUGGAAUCUCAAACUACACUAGUUGCAAAUAGGAUGUUAAAAUUCUGGUUACACCCACAAUGGAUUUAUAAGUGGACCAAUGAUUACAAGAUCUUCAGACGGGAAGCGCCUCAUGUUUACGAAAUUCCACAAUCUAUACGAAAACUCAAAGAAAAGGAAUUUUACGAGAAAAAAUAUUUCGAAAAUAAUGACGAGCUCAAGGAAGACGAAUUCUUUUCCACUCCACAAAUAUUUGUCAAUGAACUGUUCAAAUUGCAUCACAAAAAGCUCAUUGACGAUAAAUUGCUUGAUGAUCAAAUAAUUAGCAUGUUAGUGGCUGGCAACGACACAACAGCGCUUACAAUGUCACACAUUAUCUUGAUGUUGGCUAUGCAUCCGGAAGUACAGGAAAAAGCUUUCCAGGAGAUUAAAGAUUGUCACGAGACUCAAACGUCUCUAUCUGAUGCCGAAAUUUUGGCAAAAUUGGUUUACCUUGAAAUGUGUGUCAAAGAAUCAAUGAGACUAUUCCCGGUUGGUCCGUUUAUGGGUCGACAGACGACAGAUGAUGUGCAAUUAAGCAAUUGUAUAGUUCCGAAGGGAACGAUGCUAAUAUUGUCAUGCCAUCAUUUACAUCGCAAUAAGGAAGUGUGGGGACCAAAUGCGGACUUGUUCGAUCCGGAUAAUUUUCUACCCGAGAAAGUCGCUUCGAGACACGCAUACUCGUAUCUACCUUUUUCAGGUGGUGCAAGAAAUUGCAUCGGAAUUAAAUACGCCUGGAUGUCGAUGAAGAUCUUCCUGUCUGCCAUUAUGAGACAGUACAAAUUUUCCACACAUCUUAGGCUUGAGGACAUCGUCACAAAAUUCGAAAUAUUAUUGAAAAUCGAGAAUCGUCAUAUGGUGACCAUUGAAAGACGCGAAAAAUAUUGAUGAUUGUGGUGUGGCAUAAUUUAAGUGUAAAAAUAAAAUGUUUUUUUU